CGGCAAACAUCGGUUUCAUCCUGACCGCCAUGGCGGGUCCUCCAAUCUGGCCGCUGGGCACGCCGGUCUUUGGCUUCGGGUCCAACAGCGUCCGGCAGCUGCGAGGUCGCCUGGGUGACCAGAGCCUGAUGGGUUAUCCCGCACGGAUCCGUGGACAGGUCCUGGCCUUUUGCGGACCCAACCGCAGUUGGGCCUUGGAAAAGCGGCCAUGCGUGGGUAGCGCGACGCUCAUCCCUGACAAGCGUAGUAUCGCUCUGGGCACGGUCACCUUCCUGAGUGAUGAACAGAUUGCGAUGCUGGAUGGUUUCGAAGGUGUUCCACGCAUCUACCAGCAGCAGCAGUUUGACAAAGAGGUCUCAGAGGUCUUUGGUAAUGAACGCUGGCACUCGCUUCAAGUGAUGGCCUAUGUGAAAGUGG